GGACAUCAGCUGCUUUUACGAUGUCAAGCAACAGCUUUCAGUCUCACUGCCGGCCGGCCAAAGGACUGACGAUCGUGAUGUUCGGGCAGAUCGGAGUUGGGAAGAGUACAACAGGGAACACCGUCCUGGGGAGGCCGGCCUUCUGGUCGUGUGUGUCUUCUAAAGCAGUGACACGGAUGUGCCAGAUGGAGAGCGCAGCGCGGGACGGGGAGAACCUGACUGUGGUUGACACUCCUGGUCUGGGUGACGCCCGAAGUCAAGCCGAAGUGAUGAGGGAGGUCCAGAGGUGUUUGUUGCGAGCUCCAGGCGGCCCCGUCGUGUUCCUGGUCGUGGUCCAGAGCGGCAGGUUCACACAAGACGAGCAGCGGACGGUGAGGUGGAUCCAGAGCGCCUUCGGCCCGCAGGCGGCGCAUUACACCAUGGCCCUGUUCACCCGGGCGGAUGACCUGAGGGCAGAGGGCCGCUCCGUGGACCAGGUCAUCGGAGCGGAUCCAGCCAUGCAGGACUUCAUCCGGGAAUGCUGCGGGGGAUACCACGUGUUGGACAACAGAGACUCGGAUCCCUCUCAGGUUGUUGAGCUGCUGCAGAAGAUCAACAGCCUGGUGCAGAGAAAUGGAGGAAAUGACGGCGCCCGGUUCCUCCGGGAAGAAUCUCCAGGAGGCAACGCAUUAAGAGAUGUUGUAUUGACUGGAUGUUUCAUAACUGCACUCACUGCAUUAUUGGUUGCAUUAUCUAAAUUUAAAUAAUGCAACAAAAAGACCAACCAGUCCGUCAGCUGUAAGGAUUUAAACUGUUAGUAUCUGCAUGUUCUCAAAGUACCAACACUAAUAUAAGUGAGGUUAUAAUUAGUCAUCUUUUAGUACGAGGCCAGCGACACAAAGCGACGUGCACAAUUCAGUUCAUAAUUCCAACUGAUUCUGAACGCUAAGAAGCGGAGGUACAUUAUGGUAACGGUAUAUUAUGGUAAUGGUAUAUCAUGGUAAUGGUAUAUUAUGGUAAUGGUAUGUUACGGUAACCGUAUAUUAUGGUAACGGUAUAUUAUGGUAAUGGUAUGUUACGGUAUGCAGUACAUUAUGGUAACGGUACGUUACGGUAACCGUAUAUUAUGGUAAUGGUAUAUUAUGGUAAUGGUAUAUUAUGGUAACGGUAUAUUAU